UCGCUGUCUGCUUGUUGUGGCGUUGCCUUCCUCCGCACCCCGUCCCUCCGCGCUGCUGCCGCUGGAGUUAGCUAGGAAGAACCGGAGGCAGGUCUAUCGGUCGUGACAACCCCGCCGGUCUUUCUCGUGAACUUUUCCGAGUGUCGGUUGUGCCUAGAAGUCGGAGGGAGUGUUUUAUCUGUGUUUUCGAUGCAUGGGAGUGCCCUGGGAACGGCGAAGGGAGAAGACAGUGCCGGUGGUCCUGACUGUUCAGCAGGAUGAGUGAGGCAGAGGGCCAGUUCUACAGCGUUCAGGUGGGAGACUCCACCUUCACUGUACUGAAGCGCUACCAGCAGCUCCGCGCGAUUGGCUCUGGGGCCCAGGGUAUCGUGUGCUCUGCUCUAGAUACAGUCCUUGGUAUACCUGUGGCUGUCAAAAAGCUGGUCCGGCCCUUCCAGAACCAGACCCAUGCUAAGCGUGCCUACAGGGAGCUGGUGCUGCUCAAAUGUGUCAACCACAAAAAUAUCAUCCGUCUGAUCAAUGUGUUCACGCCUCAGAAGUCCCUGGAGGAAUUCCAGGAUCUGUAUCUGGUGAUGGAGCUGAUGGACGCCAGCCUAUGCCAGGUGAUCCACAUGGACCUGGACCACGAGAGGAUGUCCUACCUGCUCUACCAGAUCCUCUGUGGCAUCAGGCACUUACACUCUGCCGGCAUUAUCCACAGGGACUUGAAGCCCAGUAACAUUGUGGUGAAGUCAGAUUGCACUCUGAAGAUCUUGGACUUUGGCCUGGCACGGACGGCCUGCACUAACUUCAUGAUGACCCCGUAUGUGGUGACCAGAUACUACCGUGCCCCAGAGGUCAUUUUGGGCAUGAAAUAUAAGGAGAAUGUGGACAUCUGGUCAGUGGGGUGUAUCAUGGGAGAAAUGGUAAAGGGCAGCGUCAUCUUCCAGGGCACCGACCACAUCGACCAGUGGAAUAAGGUGAUUGAGGUUCUGGGCACGCCCAGUCUGGAGUUUAUGAAUCGACUGAUGGAGACCGUGAGGAACUAUGUGAUGAACAAGCCACAGUAUCCUGGCGUCAGCUUUGCUGAGCUUUUCCCCGACUGGGCCUUUCCCUCUGACUCAGAGCACGACAAACUAAAAACAGGUCAGGCACGGGACUUGCUGUCCAAAAUGCUGGUCAUUGAUCCUGAGUGCCGUAUCUCCGUAGAAGAGGCCCUAAACCACCCCUACAUUCACGUGUGGUACGACCCUGCAGAAGCUGACGCGCCUCCUCCCCAGAUUUCAGAUAAACAGCUGGAAGAGAGAGAGCACACCAUCGAGCAAUGGAAAGAACUCAUUUAUGAAGAAGUGAUUGACUGGGAAGAGAGGAACAAGAAUGGUCUAAUGAAAGAAGAUUGCUCGGAUGUGGUGUCAGGUUCAGCCUCCCAGUCCUCCUCAGCCAAUGACAUCUCAUCCAUGUCCACGGAGCACACCUUGGCCUCGGACACAGACAGCAGCAGCAUCGACACACUGACGGGACCGCUGGAUGAGAGUCAGUGAACACAGUCCAUGGCCACAUCUGUCUGCCUGUCUGCCUGCCUCAGUCCCCACUUUCCAUUUACAAUAUCCAACUAUCAAUCAACCAUCACCUUCCUUACUUCUGUUUACUCCCUUCUCUCCCAUUUGAAAAUUUUGUCCUCAGCAUUUUCUUCUUCCCCCUUUAACCUCAAUGAAUAGGUCUAUUUUUCUAUUUUCUUUCCCUGUGUGAUUUGGUAGAUCUUGUUGAUCCUCUUCAUCUUCAAACCUUGUUUUGUUUGGACUGCUGGCUGGAGGUCAAAGCUAUCUAUGCUAUUUGUUGGGUCAAAUGUUUCUCUUUCUCUUCUUGGAUAUUGUUUAACUUGAUCAAGCAUAUCAAUGUAUGCAUCCAUGUUGAUUUUCAGGUUACCAGGAGAAGGUGGGGGAUUGGUGUUUGUUCUGUAUGCCUGUAUUUUAAUAGUUUUAUUUUUUUAGCAAAUAAUAAGUUGAGACCAGAGGUUAUUGUCAUCAAAUUUAGAGCACACGCACACUGAACAUAGACCGCAGCCGCCAGCUGCUCUAAUGCAUGUUAUGCCAGUAAGAACAAAAGCUUCUCAGAAGUCGAUCACACCAAACCAUCCGACGUUCAUCCGAUGAUCAAACGCUAAUCCAAAGUUUGAUCAAUCCUUUAGCUAGCUCGCAGUAUUGCAGAUCUCCACAGUGGUGCUUUCUGCACAGUGUUUUUUUUUUAUUAUUAUUAUUAAUUGGCUUGAGUGAUGUGGAUUUUGAGCUUUUACUCCUGUCAGCUAGGGGAAGUUGUGGUUGCAGUGUUACAGUUUUAUUUCCUGAUAUAAUGUACUGUAUGUAAAGAUGUUAAGAUCUGACACUCAUAGUGACUGUAGACCAUUUCAUUACAAAUACAGUAGAUAAGGUGUGCUUGUUUUGUUAAGAAAUUCAACAUAUCUGUAGAACUAUAUAUUCCCCAUUUGACAAAAGGUACUAACUAUCAAUGUGUAAAUCAAAAGAACAUAGUCAUAAAUUUGGGAGAGGCAAAAAGAUACAUGUAUUUAUUUUUGUGUUCUUGCAAAAUGUUGCACACAAUCACAUUGAGGCCCAUGGAAACCAAGCCUCUUUUCAUAACAUUUCAUUGACAGAUAAAUGCAUGGGCUGCUCCUUUUCUAAACCAUUCCAUUAGUACUGCGACAGUAAUAAAAUUCUGAAUCCUACAUCAUGUAAAACACAUGCAAAGGCAGUGGAACACAAAUAAUGGUGUUUAACUUGCAUGAAGGCAGUACGAUGCCUGAAAGAUAUUGUAGUUCUUGUUAAAAAGAGAAAUCUGAUCAGGUCAGUUCUUUUACUUACAGUACCUUGAUGUUCUGAAAGCCUAUUUGAGAUAAAUUUUUUUUCUGUUUUGCUUUGUAAACCUAUAUGUGUGUAUGUGUUACCAGAUGUACUGCGCAGCACUCUCCUUCACUAUCUCUUUUGAAUCGUCCUUAAAGAACAGCAGUCACCCCGUCCGUAAAGGCAGUGUCUCUGGAGGAAGUUGGCCCAGCAACAAAACAAACAAACAAACAAACAAAAAAACAGACAUGUUGUAGUUUAAAAUGAGGAUGUGACUGUGGAGUCCUGAAUCCAAAUCUGGACCUUUGCAACUCAAGAUUGAAACUCAAAAGAUGAACCUUGGAAAUGGACUGUGGAGCUGCUUUUUGCAGAACUGAUUGCACAGUGUGAUGGACAUGCAGAAAUAUGACACUAUGGAGUCACUGAGGACUUAUGCACCAUGUUGUACACUAUAUUUUCCUUUUCAAAACCAUGACCUUAUUCUUUCAGUCAUGCCUUAAAUGACCUGAGGAGUGGCCAUUUCACUCCCAAACAUCUUAUCACAUCAGAACUGAGCAUCACAGUGUUCAGAACAUCUUUACCAUGUUUAAAAAAAAAACCUCCAUUGUAUACACUGUACAUCUCACGUUUUUGUUCAGUUUGUUUCUCCUUUUAUUUUCAGAGAUGUCCUGUGUGAUUGCAUUGACCACAAUAUUAUCACUUGGCCAACAUCUUUUGCCCUGACGCAACUAAUAAAGUGGACAUCAGUGA